AUGAGAAUGGUUAGGUGGAUGUGUAAUGCCAGUCUGAGAGACAGAAAGAGUUCAGAUGAGCUAAGAAGCAGGCUAAGUCUCCGUAGAAUUAAAGAUGUUAUCCAGAUAAGAAGAUUGAAUUGGCUGGGGCACUUGGAAAGAAUGGAGGAGGAUAAUUGGGUAAGAAAGUGUAGAGACUUGAUAGUUCCUGGGGCAAAGCCCAGAGGCAGACCGAGAAAGACUUGGCAGGAGGUAAUAGGUAGGUUGUAUGAGGCCUGUGUAAGAAGUGUUAUGUUGUACGGUAGUGAGACAUGGGCAGUGAAGCAGGAAGAUCUUGACCGUUUAGAAAGGAAUGAUAUGAGAAUGGUUAGGUGGAUGUGUAAUGCCAGUCUGAGAGACAGAAAGAGUUCAGAUGAGCUAAGAAGCAGGCUAAGUCUCUGUAGAAUUAAAGAUGUUAUCCAGAUAAGAAGAUUGAAUUGGCUGGAGCACUUGGAAAGAAUGGAGGAGGAUAAUUGGGUAAGAAAGUGUAGAGACUUGAUAGUUCCUGGGGCAAAGCCCAGAGGCAGACCGAGAAAGACUUGGCAGGAGGUUAUAAGGACAGACUUGAUAGAGAGGAAGUUGAGUUUAGAUCUAACACAGUCUAGAUCAGAUUGGAAGAGGGUCAUUAAUAUACCCCGUCCAACCCAUGCUAGCAUGGAAAACGGACGUUAAGCCGAGAAUGAUGAUGAUGAUGAUGAUUUCCAAAAGUAAUAUCUUUUUUGAUUCAAAUUUACUCCUUAUUUAUUUUGGACAUUCACGUUUAAAAUGGUUGGUAAAGGUAACUACAGAUCAUCAUACAAAGGAAAAUUUUUUUGUGUUCUUAACCUGUUAAUUUUUACAAUUUGUGUAUAUUUUUGGGAAACAGGAUAGUAUGUAAUUGAAUAAAUGUUUUCCAGAUAUAAAUU